AUGAGCCUGGCUGGAGCAAAACAGAAGGACAUUGCAGCAGCUCUUGGUGUCACUCAGGGAGCCGUCUCCAAAAUCUUUAAGCGACACCGACAGACGGGUGUGCCGACGCCUAGACCGAGGUCUGGUCGGCCACGAAAGACCACCGAGAGAGAGGACCGGUAUCUGGUGGGACACUGGCGACACGUGAUAUUCAGUGAUGAGUCUCGUUUUGUCGUCUACCGGGAAGAUGGCCGUGUGAUGGUGCGUCGUCAGGCUCACGAGGCUCUGAACGAAGAUUGCAUCAUGCCCAGAGUCCAAGGCGGGGGCGGUGGGGUCACCGUCUGGGGUGCUUUUCAUAGCACUGGUAAAUGCGACCUGCACGUCUUGGAUGGACACAUGAACUAG